AUAUUCUUCCCAUUCUUCUACCAAUUUUCAUGCUCUCUUUCAUCGUCUUCAAACUAAACCCACCAAUUCCAUCAGAUUCCUUCUAAAUCAAAUCUCAAAUCCCUUCUCACUCUCCAUCCAUUUCUUUUACCAAUCAUCAUGAAGCAAUUAAUUCGCCGUCUUUCCCGCGUUGCCGAUUCCUCGCAGUACUGUCUUCUCCGCUCCGACUCUCACGCCCCCGCCACCAAACUUCGUCGUUCUCGAAUCCUCCGUUCCGGCACUGUGCCGCAAGGCCACGUCCCUGUUUACGUCGGCGAAGAGAUGGAACGGUUCGUCGUCAGCGCUCAACUCCUAAAUCACCCUGUUUUCAUCGAGCUCCUCGAUAAAUCCGCCCAGGAGUACGGCUACGAACAGAAAGGCGUUCUACAUAUUCCCUGCCAUGUUCUUCUCUUUGAGCGUGUUCUUGAGGCUCUCAGACUCGGUGAUUACGAUUCUCGCCAUCUUCAAGAUCUUCUUUCCAAUCUCUCUCUCGAGUCAUAAACAUACUUUUUUUUUUCCUCUCUUGUAUUUUUGUAGAGAGAUUGUUUUUUAUUUUUCUGUAUAUAGGUUUUCUGAUUUUGGUUUCUCAUAGAUGAUUAGUAUGUCAAGGAGAGUGAUCCUGGACAAUACUUUUUUAGCUUCUUUUUUCUCCUUCCGAUGUAAAUCGACAAGGAUAUUACUACAUUUUUCUCUGUUUCGGAGCACGGCUUCUUCUUCGUGAAAUUCGAUGAUCAAUCACUGAAUUCUUCUUGUUCUAUUUCUUA